UUUUUGUGUGUGUCUGUUAGGUGUACAGUACUCUUUUUUGGCUCUGUCUACAGUAGUCUUACACUGUUCCACCGCACUAAAUAAAUUCCGCUGUUGCUGCAUUUUCUGCCUUUAAUUUUCCUGUUUUCAAAAAUUUUCCGGGAAAAUAAAACAGUUUCCAUUUCUGUCUAAGCAAACAGACCUCGUCGCUUCGUUUAUCGAGUCAAAGUGGUUUAAAAUUUUCAUAGUCGAGUUAGUAUUGAGUUUUGCUUUUGUUGUGUUUGCCUUUUUUAUGCUAAACAAGGUGGUGAAUAGAGGUACAUAAUCGCCGUCGUUUUUUGUUCAUUUUCGAGCUAAAACUGCAACCUCGUGAGUCCUAAUAUCACCUUUUUCAUAGCUUACACUAAGUCAAAUCGCAACCGCUGCUUCUUCUUCAUCUGACGGUUGUGUUGUUCUGAUGUGAUUUGAUAAUCUCGUUCUUUGAUGCACAUGUAUCAAUAUCUUCUUCUCUGAUAGUAAUAUAUAUAGAUAGAUAGAGAGAGAGAGAGUAAUACUCUCCUCGUUUCUUGUUUUUUUAAAAACAUGGCGGUUUUUAGAGCUCCGAGUCUGACUCGCUGUUGUUAUCACUGAGUUGGCGUUAGGAUUUAACAAUCUGUUUAUUUUGACUUUUUUUUGUUUUUUAUUUUUAGAUAGAAUCGAAAAUAGUUCUUUAGCUGACCUUUUUCUACACUUUAUAUUAAAAAAAGUAGAGUUUCAACGUCGACGAGGAUGACGACGAUGAUCGCCUUUUCAAAGAAAAUCAGAUUCGGUGUCGUUUCUGUUGUUUCCUUCCUCGCUGUGCUUUCAUUCGUGGUUCGUUUCUCAACAGGUGUGGCUAAUAGUGAAGCUGGAUUGAAUCGGUUAAUCUCCAACGAUCAGAACAGUUCGGAAUCUUAUUAUUCUUCUUCAAAUCGAAAAUUACUUAGCCGCUCAUUGUCAAUGAAGCAACCUAAUAGAAUAUUUGGAGACUCAUGUACAAAUGCCGAUAUUGAGAUAAACCAAGGACCUACUGCUUCCCUUCCAAACGGCGUACCGUCUUACACUGUUGAGAUCUCCAACGUCUGUUUCACCGGCUGUCAAAUUUCCGCAAUUCACAUCAAAUGCGGUUGGUUUAGCUCUGCUCGACUCAUCAACCCGAAGAUCUUCAGGCGUCUUCGGUACAAUGAUUGCCUCGUUAACGACGGGAAGCCUUUGAUUUAUGGUGGCACGGUCUCUUUUGAGUAUUCCAAUACAUACUCUUAUCCUUUAUCUGUGUCUGCAGUAAUCUGUUGAUACUAAAUUUUUUUACUUUACAGGCCAUAUAAUAUUAGCAAUACAUAGUAAUAUAAGCUGUUUUUGAGUUCAUUAGGGGUAGUGAAAUAGCUGAAAGCUUUUUGGGUGGCCGUAUGUACAAACGUAUAGGAUGUGGAUCGGAGAUGCUAUAGAAAAAUUUUUGGUUUGGUAAAGUGAUAAAAAAAUAUAGGGAAAUGAUUUAGUUUCUUUUUGA